AUGGCUACCUUCUUAACAAUCGUCUGCUUUCCAUUUCUGGUUCUGGAAACUCUCAUUGGAAUGGUGGCAAAUGGAUCUAUUGUCCUCAUUAAUUUCAUUGACUGGUUCAGAAGAGGGACACUGACCUCAACAGACCUCAUCCUGAUCUCUCUUGGCUUAUCCAGACUUCUGCUGCAGGCAGUAGUGAUUGUGGAGAAAGAUGGCUACCUUAACACAAUAGUCUGCUUUGUAUUUCUGGUUAUAGAAACCCUGAUUGGAAUGGUGGCCAAUGGAUCUAUUUUUCUCAUUAAUUUCACUGAGUGGUUCAGAAGGGGGAGAUUAUCUCCGACAGACCUUAUCCUGAACUGUCUUAGCUGGUCCAGACUUCUGCAGCUGGUAUUAACAAUUCUGAAUGUAUCUUCUUUCUUUACCAGCAUACUGAGCAAUGCACCAUUCAUGCUGAAUGGCAUGUGGAUAUUUGUGAACACUGUGAGCCUUUGGUUUGCUGCCUGCCUCAGUGUCUUCUACUUAGCAAAGAUCGCCAUCUUCUUCCACCCCCUUUUUCUCCAAGUCAAGAGACGAUUCUCUGGGCUGGUACCCUGGCUGCUUCUGGGCUCCGUGAUCUUCUCUGCUGUCGUGACUAUUAUUGUUCUCACCAUUUGGAGCUAUGAAGGAAACAUGCCACAUGCAUGUAGGAAUAUUAUUGCUCUAAUUGCUCCCUUUGCUUUUAUUCCCUUUACAGUGUUUCUGUUAUCAUCCACCUUAUUAAUAAGUUCUCUAUGGAUGCACAUGAGAAGAGUUCAAUGCAAUGGAGCUGGAAGCAGGGAUCUCAACACACAAGCGCACUUGAGUGCCAUUAAAGCUCUGGCUUCCUUUGCAGUUCUCUACCUCAUCAGUUUUGCAGUGGACAUUUCACAAUUAGUACUGACCUGGAACAACCAGAUUCAUUGGGCACCACUGCUCUUUAAUGUGAGUGCUGUGUACCCCUCUGGACAUGCCAUCAUCCUGAUAUUAAUCAAUCCCAAACUGAAACAGGCAUAA